AUGGCGGGCUUCAACAGCCAUGCUUUCGUGAUGGACGCAAAAAGCAUGGCGGACGUGGCCAACACCGUGUCUGUGCCGCAGGAGGCGGCCUCGCUGCUGACGGCCGCAGCCGCUGCAAUGUUCGCGUUCACACAGAAAGGCCAGGUCAGCGCCCUGGACCACGAGAUUGCAGCCCUCAAGGCCGUCCCCUCUGCGCGGUCCGACGGCGGCGCCGCCGCCAGCCAGGCGCGCGCGAUCGAGCAGCUCCGCGCCCAGCUGGCGCAGGCGCAGGCGGCGGCCAAGGAGGCGGCGGCGGCGCGCCAGGCGGCGGUGAAGGACAAGGAAGUCGCCCUGGCGGCGAAGCAAGCAGAGGUCGCCCGCGUGCGCCAGGACGCCGCCGCCGCGCACCGCGCGCUCGCCGACACGACCGCCGGCGCGUCGGCCGCUGAGAUCCGCGCGGCGGCCGCCGCCAGCCGCGCAAAGGCGGCGGAGGCGCGGCUUGCCGAGGCGGAGCGCGCCGGGGCAGGCGCGGGCGCGGAGCUCACUGCCCUCAAGGCGGCGGUUGCCCAGAAGACGGCGGAUCUGAAGGCGCAGCUGGCCGCCGCCAAGGAGGCCGCGCGGGCCGCCGAGGCGGAGCGCGCGGCGGCGGAGGCGGACGCGGUCGCGGCGCGCACCGCGUUCGGCGCGGAGAGGGCGAAAGCUGGGCGGCUGCAGAACGAGGUGAGGUCGCUCCAGGCCGACCUGGUGACCCUCAGCCAGGCCUGGACAGCGUCAUCGGACGACUCGAAGCGCCUCGCAGCGCGCGCCGAGGCGGCGGAGAAGGAGGCCUUUGAGCUGUCGGCGCAGCUCGCGGCGGCGCGGCAGCACGCGGCGGCGCGCGACCGCGAGCUGGAGGCGGCGGGCGAGGAGCUGCGGCAGGCGGCCGUGCAGGCGGAGCGCAUGGCGGCGCACGCCGCGCAGCUCGAGGCCGACGCCGCGGCAGCCGCGGCGGCCAAGGAGCAAGCGCUGAGCGAGCGCCACGACGCUGGGCUGGCGCUCGCUGAGCUGGAGCAGACAGUCAUGCAGCUGAGGGCGGCGCAGGAGGCCACCGCGAGGGAUUUGGUAGAGGCGCAGACCAAGCUGCGGGAGGAGGCGGCGCAGCUGGAGCGGCAGCGCGGCAAGGCCGCGCACUGGCAGACGGAGUCCGAGCGCCUCACGGGCCAGGUCGCGUCAGCGAAGGACGACGCCGACGCGGCGCGCGCCGCGGAGCAGGAGGCGCUGGCGCAGCUCGCCGCGGAGCAGCAGCGCGCCGCCGAGGCCGAGGCCGCGGCGGCCGCCGCGCGCGCGGCGGCGGAGGCGGCCGAGGCGGAGGCGCGGCGCCUGGACGACGAGCUGUCUGCCACCGCGAGCCGCCUGCCUGAGGUGGAGCAGCAGCUUUCGAAGGCCAAGGGCAUGCUGGUCCGUGUGGUGGGGGAGAUCGCGGCCCUGAGGGAGGAGGCUGACGAGGCGCACCACGCCGCCAGCGCGGCGGAGGAGGAGGCGCGGCAGCUCAGGGCGGACAUGGCGCAGUUGGCCGUACACCUGGGGGCGCCCCCGGCUGAUAACUCCGGCCGCGCGGUGGCGGCCGACGCGAUCGAGGAGCCGCCGGCGAGUCUGGCUGAGAUUCGCGCCCGCGCGGCGCUGCUGGUGGAGGCGGCCGAGGACGCGGCAGCUGACGAGGUCGCGGCCGCAGAGGCGGCGAGCGAGGAGGCCGCGCGGCGCGCGGGCGAGGCGGAGCGGGCGGCGGCGCUGGAGCGGGCGCGCGCGGACGCGGCGUCGCUGGGCAUGGACGCGGCCCUGCAGGAGGUGGAGAGCCUCAGGCGCGCCCUCGCGGCCGCGCACCCCGCGCCGCCCGCCGGCGAGGACGGCGACAUCGACGCCGACGCUGACUCAGCGCCGGCCCUCGAGCGCCAGGCCGUCUCGGCCGCGACCGUGGCCGCCGCGGCGCUGGAGUUUGAGCCGGAGCCGGAGCUGUGA